GUGGCGAUGCUGUCGGGCACCGAGGCAGAACGCGAGGACGCGGAGCUGCGGUGCCGCGUGACGGUGGAGGAGCUGAGCCCUGGGGGGCAGCCACGAAAGCGCCAGGCGCUGCGCUCGGCCGAGCUGAGCCUGGGUCGCAACGAGCGCCGCGAGCUGCUGCUGCGGCUGCAGCCUCCGGGGCCCGCGGAGCCCGCGCGCUGCUUCCCCCUGCGCGCCGCGCGCCUCUUCACGCGCUUCGCGGCCACCGGGCGCAGCGCGCUGCGGGUCCCCGGGCCCGGCGCGCCCCCGCGCGGCUCCGUGCAGCUGCUGCUCUCCGACUGCCCCCCGGAUCGCCUGCGCCGCUUCCUGCGCACGCUGCGCCUCAAGCUGGCCGCGGCCCCUGGCCCCGCGCCCGGCCCCGCCCGCUCGCAGCUGCUCGGCCCGCGGCCCCGCGACUUCGUCACCGUCAGCCCCGUGCAGCCCGAGGAGCUGCGGCGCGCGGCGGCCGCCCGGGGCCCGGACUCGGCACGGGGGAAAGCGACCACCGAGACCCCUGCGGAGUCGGAUCCGAGCACGAAAGCCCCGAGGUGGCCCCUGCCGGCCAGGAAGCUGAACCUGCCCCCAUGCAAAUCCAGGCUUUCUGAGGAGCAAGCCGCCGUGUUGCGCGCUGUCCUGCAAGGCCAGAGUGUCUUCUUCACCGGGAGUGCAGGUACAGGCAAGUCUUACCUGCUGAAGCGCAUCCUGGGCUCGCUGCCCCCCACGGGCACCGUGGCCACGGCCAGCACUGGCGUGGCCGCCUGCCACAUUGGGGGCACCACCCUCCAUGCCUUUGCGGGCAUCGGCUCGGGCCGGGCACCGCUGGCCCAGUGUGUGGCGCUGGCCCAGCGCCCAGGGGUGCGGCAGGCCUGGCUGAGCUGCCAGCGGCUGGUUAUCGAUGAGAUCUCCAUGGUGGAGGCUGAGCUGUUCGACAAGCUGGAGGCUGUGGCCAGGGUGGUCCGACAGCAGGACAAGCCGUUCGGGGGCAUCCAGCUCAUCAUCUGUGGGGACUUCCUGCAGCUGCCACCCGUAACCAAAGGCUCCCAGCCCCCCCAGUUCUGCUUUCAGGCCAAGAGCUGGAGGAGAUGUAUCCCCGUGACCCUGGAGCUGACUGAAGUAUGGAGGCAGGCCGACCAGACCUUCAUCUCUCUCCUGCAGGCUGUGAGGCUGGGCAGAUGCUCCGAUGAGGUGACCCGCCGGCUCCAGGCCACUGCAGCCCACAAGGUGGGGCGUGACGGGAUCAUGGCCACGCGGCUCUGCACGCACCAGGAUGAUGUGGCGCUCACCAAUGAGAAGCGGCUUCAGGAGCUGCCGGGUGAGCUGCACUGCUUCGAGGCCAUGGACAGUGACCCAGAGCACGCCCGCACCCUGGAUGCACAGUGUCCUGCCAGCCGACUGCUCCAGCUAAAGCAGGGGGCCCAGGUGAUGCUCGUGAAGAACCUCGCGGUGUCUCGCGGUCUGGUGAACGGAGCGCGCGGCGUGGUCGUGGGCUUCGAGUCUGAGGGCAGAGGGCUGCCCCGGGUGCGGUUCCUGUGUGGGGUCACCGAGGUCAUCCGUGCCGAGUGCUGGACGGUGCAGAGCUCCUCGGGCCAGCCCCUCCGACGGCAGCAGCUGCCGCUCCUGCUGGCCUGGGCCAUUUCCAUCCACAAGAGCCAGGGCAUGUCCCUGGACUGCGUGGAGAUCUCCCUGGGCCGGGUGUUUGCCGGCGGCCAGGCCUACGUGGCCCUGUCCCGGGCCCGGAGCCUGCAGGGCCUGCGCGUGCUGGACUUCGACCCCACGGUGGUCCGCUGUGACCCUCGGGCGCUGCGCUUCUACGCUGCCCUGCGGCGGGCCAGGGGCCUGAGCCUGGAGUCCGAAGAGGAGGAGGAGGAAGCGUCCGACCAAGAGAACGUGCCCCCGAACGGCACCUCUGACGGCAGAGAGAAGACAAAGGGAGAGUCGUGAUCUCCGCUGCGCCGCACCGCUUUGUCCCCUCACUAGGGCCAGCCAGCUUCCAGGGAGGGGCCGUCCCUUGGAUUCUCCCCUGCCCUGGGGGACAGCCCUGUCCCUGCCAAUCAGGAAGGGGCCUGUGGCGGCACUGGAGCCAAGGACAAUCUCUCGGUUGGCCAGAGAGGCGCUCUCGAGCAAUGAGAAAUUCCGGCAGGGACAGGCAGAGGGUGCUGGGCCCCAGGCCGGGAGGGACCUUGCCUUUCCGCAGGCCGUGCUGGGACACACGCCGAGAGCCAUGGAUGCUCAUCGGGAACUAUUUUGUCAGGAAAGCAGUUAUGUCUGGAGGCUGGCCAGAAGGCUCAAGGGCAGGAGUGCAUCUGUGCGUGAGUGGGUCCUCACGCCCACAAGAGGUGCCCCGCGUGGCCCCGCUGGCUCCCAGACUGCAGGGCCAGAGCAACCCCACUUCUCUGGCCACUGGGCCGAGUACCACAGGGAAUGGCCCACAGGCCCAGGACUGUUGUAGAAGCCCAUGAAGCAGAUAAACAGUGUGGAAUGUGU